AUGUCUGACAUGGCCCCGCCGCCAUCGCUCCGGCCCCCCCGCGGCCCACACGUGACCAGGGAGAACCCCGCGCUGCUUCCGCCCACCAAUCACAGCGCGCGAUCGCUCCUGGAUUUCCGCGUCCGGGCGCUGUUUAUUCCCAGUUCCGUCCCAGUGCUCCCAGUAAGAGCGGUCCUAGCACGGAAAGCGCUCCCAAUUCCUUCCGGGUUCUCUCAGGAUCGCUUCGAGUGCUCCCAGUAUUGGUUCCAGCACUGUGCAGGGCACGGCCACUUUGGAACCCCCCAGGGCAGAGCACGGCUGCUUUUCAGUGUCGGCACCGACCUGGGCCGGGCUGGGAGCGGAGGAGGGGGAGGAAGGAAAGAGGAGCGGGAAGAACAAGAAGGGGAAAGUCAGGAACAUGAGGAAGAGGAGCUGCAAGAGAAAGAGCAGCAGCAGAACCACUCGGCUCCCCCGCCCGCCCGCUCAGGCUGCAGUUCCCCCAACUCUGGCAGCAUCACCCUGCCCCCCCGGAACCCACAGGAUUUCCCAUUCCCAAAUCAUGGUCAGAUGGAGGAGGAGGCCGUGAGGAAGAUGGCCCAGAAGCCCUAUGCAGACAAGGAGCUGAGGAUGGAGACCAGGGAGGACAAAUCCCCACAGCUGAACCUUAUGGAAAAGGCAUUUUAAACCAGCUCCAUGGUGCAGGAAUCCAAGGAGGAGGAAAAGCCCCAGAGAUCCCUCAUGAGGGGUUACAAAUGCAGAUCACGGUGAUCCAAAGCAGAAAGACCCACUCCGGGCCAGGGAGGUGGCCAGAGAUGCUGCUGGAGCUUAGAGCUGAGAGUCCAUGAGCAGCUUCAUGAUGGGGAGAAGCCCCACAAGUGCUCAGAAUGUGGGAAGAGCUUCAGCAAGUGAUCCUACCUGAUCCAACACUGGAGAAUCCACAUGAGGGAACAGCCCUAUGAGUGUGGGGAGUGUGGGAAGGGCUUCAAGACAAGCUCUGACCUGACUGCCCACCAGAUGAGCCACACAAAGCAGAGGCGUGCCGAUUGUGAGGAAUGCAGGAAGACAUUUAAGACUAGCUCCAGUCUCCUCAGGCAUCAGCAGAUUCAGAGGAGAGGCCCUUCCACUGACCCAACAAUGGGAAUGGCUUCAACCAAAACUCCACUGUCGUCACCCACCAGCGCAUAUAUACUAGGACGAGGCCCUACGAGUGUCCCAAAUGUGUGAAGUCCUGUUCCAGAAGCUCUCACUUUACCCUACACCAAUGAAGGCACCACUAAGGGAAGCCCUGCAAAUCAAGUGCAGGAAGAGCUUCAUGUGCUGCUCCAGCUCCAUCCCCCGUGGCAGGAUCUGUGCUGGAUGUUCCUGUGGCCCCCAGUGGGCAGAGCAUUGCUGGUCCAUGGUGCCCGUGAUCUAUGUUAGAAAUACACCUGGCUGGGUGGCUCCACAUCCUCCUGGCUCCCCAUGGGCACCUGGACAUAUCCACAGAUCAACAUCAGAAAUCCAUUGUGAAGAGCACGUUUGUCGACU